UAAAGAUAAUGUUGAUGAUUAAUAAUGGUGUAGCAAUGGUCAGGGAGAUUGUUUUUAAAAUGGGCGAGCAGAGAUUUAUGGAUAACGAGAUUUCAACCUGGGGUAGCCAAGGGGUACUAAGGGUCUAGAUGGAUCUUGUUUGUUUUUAUCUCUACAGCGAUGAGAAACCACAGUGUUGUCCGAGAGUUUGUUCUCUUUGGACUAUCCACCGACCCUUACGUUCGGCCUAUUCUCUUCGCUCUCUUCCUUCUGGUUUACCUCCUCACUCUGGUGGGAAACUCCUCGAUGAUGCUUGUGAUUGCAGCUGAUUCUCACCUGCACACGCCUAUGUAUUUCUUCUUGAGACAACUGUCGUUCCUAGACCUGUGCCACUCAUCCGUCACAGUUCCCAAGAUGCUGGAGAACCUACUUUCGGAGGACAAAACCAUCCUUGUUGAAAGUUGUUUGGUUCAGGCCUUCUUUGUGUUUGCCACCGGUGGCACUGAGGCCUGUCUGCUUGCCGCAAUGGCCUAUGACCGCUAUGUUGCCAUCACCUCCCCUCUGCUGUAUGGCCAGGUGAUGAGUAACCAGCUCUGCAUGGGGCUGGUGUGGAUCUCCUGGGGUCUAGCCUUUGUUGAUGCUCUCCUCAAUAUCCUUCUUGCUGUCAGCUUAGAUUUCUGUGAGGACCAAACUAUUCCUCACUUCAGCUGCGAGCUGUCCUCUCUCUUCCCUCUGUCCUGCUCUGAUACCUCUACCAACUUCAUACUCCUGCUGUGCUCCUCGGUCCUGCAUUUCUUUGGAACCCUUGUUAUGAUUGUCUGCUCUUAUGCUCGCAUUGUCUCCACUGUCCUGAGGGUCAGCUCCACCACAGGCAGAAGCAAAGCCUUCUCUACCUGCUUGUCCCACCUCACCACUGUGAUCUUGUUCUAUGGCUCAGGUUUCAUCAGCUAUCUGUUACCAGCUUCAGGGUCCCCUGUGGAAAUGGUCUUCUCUUUGCAGUACAGUGUCAUCACCCCCAUGCUGAACCCCCUCAUCUACAGCCUGAAGAACAAGGAGGUGAAGGCGGCCGUGGGAAGAAUGAUCAGAAAGCAUCUUUGACCUUUUAUGCAUGACACAACAUUAUAAUAAAGCAGAUAUGAAACUGUGGUGCUAUGUGAUCAAAUAAUGGACUUGAAGGAGAGAUUUGGUUGCCAGUGAUGGAAGGUGCCACUGGGGACAUGUAUCCAUUGCCUUUUAAGAAAUAUUUGUGAAGAAACAGAGAACUCUUAGGAUAAUGAGCCAUAUACAGAAAAGGACAAACGGAUCAGCUAACCCUCUUUUCCAGGGGAUCAUCUUACAGAAAUGUUUGUUUUUCUUAUUGGUAUAAAUAGCUAUUGCUACCAGCAGCUCCUUCGCUUUGAAAAAAUUAUAUCCCAAAUUCUCAGGAAUCUUGACUCUUCAGAAUCAGAUGACCAUCACAAGGUGGGGGUGACCCUGUAGCCCAGCAGAGGUGGACAGUUCUGUACUUUUCUCCUGAUGAAGCAUUCCAACCUAGAGUGAAAUCAAGACUCAAGUGAGAUUACCCAGAAUGUUCUUUUCUAGGAGAUUCAAUUAUUGAUUGUGAAUGAAAAGAAAAUUCCUGGAACCAAGCCAAUAACACUGUGUGUCCUAAAGACACUACAGCCCUGCUCCCUGGCAACUCUCCUUGGGGUGAUAUUUUAAGGAAGAACAGCAGUGUCAAAUUUGAUACAUUUCUUAACUUGUGCCAAGAGGUGUACUCUAAGUUCAUCUCUCUCUGAAAGAACAUCUGUCAUUGCAGAGAUGUCAAGCAGAGGCCAUGCAGAGCUGACUCAGCUGUGGAUCCAGUAGCAUGCUUGGUUACAUUCCUAACUAAGCUAUCACAGCAUGCUGUCUGUGGAAGAAUUAGAUGUUUGUAGGAUGUUUCCAUGUCAACAAUAGGAACAAAGACAGCUCGGAGGACCUGGAGGACCUGGAGGACCUGGAGAACCUGGAGAAUCGUGAACUACCAAACCUAUUCAAAACUACCACAUUUCUUGUGCCCCAUCAGGGAAUAGACAUUAGGGACUGCUCUCUCACUGUUUGUUUCUCCAUGCUGCUGGGUUAAAGUCCAGAAUUGAAGAUUAGCAUAAUUUGCAGUGUGAAAUCAGAAUCAAAAUAUGGAAGAAUCACUAAAAGAAAUAAUGAAAGUAGAUUAGGUGUGUGUGUGUAUGUGUGUG